UUCGACAUCUUUUCCAUCACACCCUUUUCACCCAACCAGACAACGCUGCAACCCGCUGGGCACUCAGCGAAUGCCAAGCCUAGAUCCAACCAUUGAGACAAGGUGAAGCAAAGCCGACUCCCUGACACGUUGAAAGCUGAGGCCGGCUCAAACAAGUCUGUGCAGCAAAAGUUACAGAGUGAAUUACACCUGCUUUAACAUGGAGCGCGGACGUGGCCGCGGGCGCGCGACCAAGAAAAUGCGUGGGACCCUUUCAUCGACCUCUCACCAACAACACAACCAACAGUUUAAUAGUCAACAGCCGCAACAUCAACAGCGUCAUAUUGCUCAGCAGCACGAAUUCGAGCAUCAAUUUCAGAUUACACCCUUUCCCCAAGCCAAUGGCUUUCACCACACCAAUACCAUAGAUAACCCUUCCAUUCCUGGCAGCAACUCACAUGCGCCUCACCCCUCCUCCACCUACACCCCCUUUUCGGAUCUGACCACUCAGAAUCCUCCAUUCCCCUUUACAUCGCAUUUGCAGAACAAUCAACCACACCAUUUGCAGAUGCAUGGGCAUCAGACCCAGGGCCAUCAAUUUCAGCAACAACAUCAACAGCAGCAAGAAGCGCCGACACAUCAGCGCGCUCCUUCAACCGGCUCCCGCCGAGGUGGUAGGAGCAAGCAAGUCGUUUAUCCAAACCAUCAACAGCGCCGCACUGCUUCUCCAUCGGCGCCUGAUUUGACCUCUUCCUUCCGCGUCACUCCAUUCACCUUCGAGGCCCCUUCGAGCAGUGCCAUGCCUGCUGGCAACUCAUCAGCUCGCAAAAGGUCCAGGACCUUUGACUCCUCUCAUGAAGCCACUAUUGAGGACAAUAGCAAAGGCGGUCACUCUCUUAGGAAGCGUGCACGGCUCAACUACAGCCAGGAACAGAUUGAUGAUGAAUUUGGCGGUGCCGCCGCCAGAGCCGAUAGGCCUGCCGGCACACCAACGACCCGCGGACGCCGGCGAAGGGGUACCCAAGGGGAGUCUGAGGGUGAAGAACUCAUGGACCAUGAUCAUACGGCCUUGCGGAACAAGCGGAGCAACAAGUCUCCGGCUCCUGCACGUAACUCAUCCUCUCACCGGAAGCCAGCGGGUAAGAAGCCAGCUACGGCGCAGAGCACUUAUGUUGAGCAUCAGUCAGACAACGACGUGCAAGAUACCAUCUUGGUCGGUGUCUCUAUGGAUGAGAUACCCGAGGUAGAGGAAGAGUUGGAACAGUCGGCCGUUGAAGGUGCAUCCGCGGACAAUCAGUCGUCAAAGUCCAACGGAACCGGUGCUGUCUCGCAAGGUGAACAGCCAUUGCUUCGCGCUGCUGAUACUAGAGGAACGGUCAGUAAAGGCCUUCAGCCGCGUCAGCCUGGUGAUGAAGCCGGACAGGCGCCCAAGGAUAUUUCGCUCCAGUCACAAACUCAUCCCGCAUCGCAUGGCAACAUUGAAAGCACCAGCAAUGAGGAUGAAUCGACUCUAAAUCCAUCAAUACGGGAGAAUGAUAACACCGCUUCUUCCAACGAAACUUCAGCCAAUGAGCGAGGCUCACAUCAUGUAACCGCCAUGUCGAACGAGAUUGAGACAUCACGUCCAUCGGAACACCCCCAGAGUCACCAAAAUCUGCUCCAUGAUGGGCCUUUUAAGGUAGAGCCCACAGAGCAAGAUGAAGCAACCCAUUUGCACUCCGUGCCAGAAUUGAUUCCACAAGCUCAUCCCUCGCCACCGACCUCUUCUUCCAAGUUCAACUCUCACCCAGGCAAUCGCUCUCCAUCCCCUCCCAACACCACACAAGGUAGUGAUUCGGUUGCGACAGCCUCCCCAUCGUCUUCUUCUCGGACGGUACUACCUCCCAAGCCGGGUUUCCCUCCUCGCCUAAAGAACCUCGAGAAGGUCUAUAGCCUCGAGACACCUACAGCUGCUUCUCUGAAGCUCACACCCUACGUGGACGAUGAUGUUACACACCCUGGCCCUUUUACUGAAAGGCUUGUCCUGGAUACUACGACCAAGGCUAAUCCUACGCCUAUACCAACACCGGCCACCUCACCGGCUCCCACACCUGCACAGGCGGUACCGGUCGCACCGGCCGCCGUCCCAGAACUCACGUCUACUGAACUCCAUUGGGAUGGGCGCCGCAAGCUGAAGACGGAAGAGUUUUACAAACUCUGGCGACAGGAAACUGGAAAGAUGGUGGCGAGCGGGCAACCUCGUAUGUCGAUGAAGGAGUUUAGAGACACCUACUACAUUCCACGGCUGAAGGAGGCACAGGCUGAGUCUGGACGCGGAGUAUCGGAAACACUCCCCCCAAUAGAGCCAGCUCCCUUGGCAAAGGUGAAGCAAGCCUCUCGUCCAACAGGGCAAUCAUCCGAUGAUAUGCCGCAGACGGAACCUCCGACUGCCGCGCCUUCUCCCUCUGAGAUGGUGGAUGAGGAAGAUCUGGCAACCGGAUCUGUAGCCGACGAUGAAGAUGGGCAGUAUGUCAAUGGGCCGGUAUUUGACUCCGAAAAAGCCGCUGGCUCUAUAGAGCCCUUAGAGGUGGUCCGACAGCCACGGAAGCAGUGGUCAUUCCCCAAGAUUCGCGACGUCCAAGACUUUGCGGAUGUCUUGGAAGACUACCAGGACAUGGACAAUGCCACGCUCUACAAGCUGGCCGAAGCCGUUGCGGAAACCCUCAACGUCUGGCAGACAGAAUUUCGCGAGCUCAGGAAGGUUAUUGACGAUGAGGACAAUGCAGAGCGCCGCAAGAAGAAUGAUGUCUCGAUCGUCAACUGGGAAAACCGGCUGAAAGCAGAAGAUGCGCCUCAUUUCCGUCGCCAUUAUGAUGAACCCACCAAGGGACCGCCCGCCUUCGAACUCAAGGGUGUUCGCGCACCGAAGCCUUCGUCAGAUGAUCCCAUCUACGAGCACCAAAAGGACCAGGAUAAGAUCAUGGCCGCAGCAUAUGGCUUCAAGCACAAUCCCCACGCCAACGCGGUUGGUAGACAAAACAUCGAAGAGCAACGUUGGGACAUCACGGAGACCCGACCCCACAGGAAAGGUGCUGGAAAGGCUGAGCUUGCCGAAGAAAACGUUGUUGAAGGAAAGCGGGUUCGCAAACCCCGCAACCUCUCGGAUCAAAGCAAAGAUCCUAGUCGUGCUGGCACCCCUACAGGCGGUCCAUCUGCUGUUGUCGGGCGGCGUGGCAAGCGCAAGCAACUGGCUUCCAAUGACGAUUCGGUUGAGCCGUCUGACCAAACUCCGGCCACAGAGAUUGCUCCUGAGCCUGUAGUCCGCAAGCGACGCGGACCGAAGCCCAAAGCACUUAUUUUGGCAGAGCAAGCCCAGCAAGCCAAGGAGGCGCAAGAAGCUAAGGAGGCACAAGAGGCAUUGGAAGCUGAGCAAGCUGGUCAAGCUGACCAAGCUAAGGAGCCUCAGCAGGAUGUGGAAGCCCAGAUUGCUGAGGAAGUUCAGGAAUCUCAGGAAGUGCCACAGGGUGAUGACGCGGCUAGCCUAGCACCCGAGGAACCCAAGGCUGAAGAGACCCCUUUGCCAGUAGAAAAGCCAAAACCUGGCCGCAAACGUGGUGGUGCACCGGCUGCUCCUCCUGCCAUUGAGGACACCCCUGCCCCUACGCCUGCUCCCACGGAAACUGAGGAGGGAAAGACUAAGCGUCAGCGUCAGCCUAAGGUGGUACUUCCUCCCGUGCAAGAGAUCGCUCCGCAAUCUUUUUAUAACAACCCUGUUCCCCUGGAUAAUGGUGCUCCAGAGACAUCGCCCCAAGAGCAGCAGGUGCAGAGGCCGUCCACUGCAUCGUCGGAGGGCACCAACGAUACAGCCGGUACCCCGGAGUCGAGUUAUUCGUUGCGUGAUAAGCGAAAACGCAACUUUGCGCUCGAGAACGACCCUGAGCUUGAGCCGAGGCAACAGAAGCGAGCUCGCAACACCAUGCCCACCAAACCGGAGAGCCAUGAGCCUAAGAAGCGUGGCCCUAAGAAGAAGAACGCGAAUGUGACGAGUCAGCCUGCUUCAGCACCUCCUCCACCACCUCCGGCACUUGCACCGCAGCAGCCUGUAGGAGGAUUGAAAGCACCCGCCUUGUUCUUCAACAAUGGACCGCCUCCCAUUGCUCCGGCACCUGGUCCAUCUCCCUUUAUGCAUACAUUUAACGCCGCUCCAGCCUUCCCACCUGGCGGUCCUCCGCCGCAAGUUCCCGCACCACCGGCUAUCACCAAGCCGUUGACUCGUAUCAAGAUCAAGAACCCAGGACCCCCUCCGAUGGGUCAUAGCUUUGCCCAAGUGCCUCCCCAGGCAGCCCCUCCCGUCAACAAUGGCCCGCAUCCUACCUUGAAGGGCCCAGGUAAAGCACCUCGGGCUCCGAAGGCGGCUACGCCAACCCCGCCCGAGCCCGUUGAACCCCCGAAGAUGAUGCCCAGUGGCUUUGCCCUGGCCAAUACCACGGAACCGGAUAAGCCAUAUGCGGAGAUGAGCAAGUCGGAGAAGAUGAGCUAUUCCAUGAGAAGACGCUGGGCUUCAGGUGAGAUGCAAGGGGCAGUUGAAAAGCGCCGUACGACAUUGGCCAACAAGAAGGCCGAAAAGGCGGCAACGGGCGUGACAAACGGUAACGAGCCGGGCAUGAUGUCGAUGAGCCAGACACCAGAUCCAGUUUCCGCCGGCCCCUCCACCGGCGCCUCGGCUCCGACAACACCAAGCCUUGGUCCUACCCAUACCGGGCUGCUGGCUUUGCCGCCCCAACCCCAGAACGUUCAGAACGUUCCGGGUUCUCAGGGUCACCACCAGGUGAUGCAUAGCUUCCCCCAGCUUCCACCCCAUAUGGUGCCUCCGCAUUCAAUGCCUCCGCACUCGAUGCCUCCUCAGCAAAUGCCUCCCCAACCGAUGCCGCCAAUGGCCCAAAUGGCACCGAUGUCACAACCGGGUCCGGGCCAGGGACAGAUGCCGCCGCAAAUGGCUCCGAUGCCCCCGAUGCAACAACAGAUGCCACCGAUGCACCCUCUCCAGCAUCAGCAUAUGCAGCCUCAGCCCAUGCAGUCGUUGUCUUACCCUUACCCUCACCCUCCUUCUGGGCAUGGACCCGUUGCUUAGGAGGCUAUAGACCCCCAGUUGAUGCAGUGAGCUACAUGGGAUAGGAAACCAGGAAGAUGAGGAGUGAAUGUGGGCGUACGAGGAGAGCAGCACCGUUUGGGGUUCCUCAUAAUGAUAUGAUUGGUGCCUGUACUAGACAGGCAGUCGGGUCAGUUGGGUAUUGGGUGGU